AUGGAAAUGGACAUGGACAUGGAUAUGGAACUUGCUUCCAUUGUGUCGUCUUUAAGCGCCCUAUCCAACGGGAAUAACAACGGCGGCCAAGCCGCCGCUGUUGUGGGUGGCGCUGCUGCCGGCUCUCAGCAGAUCGGCGGCUUCAGAAGAUCGAGCUUUACCACAUCGAAUGAUAUCGACUCGGACAUCCUGUUGCUACACGGCUCCAGCGAAUCUUCGCCGAUCUUCAAGAAAACGGCCCUGUCUGUCGGAACCGCUCCACCAUUCUCCACGAACUCUAAAAAGUUCUUUGGCAAUAACAGCAACUAUUACCAGUACAGAUCAAACGAUACUGCCUCCCUAUCGUCUGCGUCCUACAACAACUACCAGGCGAACAACGGCACGGGUAACCUAGGCAAGAAUAACAAGGUUAACCAUCUCUUGGGGCAGUAUUCCGCCUCCAUUGCGGGGCCAGUCUACUACAACGGCAAUGGCCACGAUAACAGCAAUGUAGGUGGAGGAGGAUUUUUUGAGAAGUUUGGGAAGUCCCUGAUUGACGGUACAAGAGAACUGGAAUCUCAAGAUAAGCCUGAACAUGCCGCCAACCAGCCCCAGUUCAUAACGAAAACCGUGUCCAACGCGAGCUUGGACACCCAGACCACCUUCGAGCAAUCUGUCCAGUCUGAGUCGAAUACCAACACCAACAAAGUGAACACUAACACUACGAACAGCGGAUCAUUAUACCAUUCCAGCUCGAAUUCUGACUCUUCCGCCUCUUUGGAGUCUGACCAGAAUGCCCACUAUCCUCAAAGAAACAUCUGGAAUGUUGCCAAUACUCCAGUAUUCAGACCGAGUAACAACGCUGCUGUGGUGGCUCCCAACCAACAAGACGGUCUUGCAAAUAACAAUUUCCCAUCUUACUUCCCACCAAACCAGUUUCAUCAGGGCCCUCACUACCAGAACUUCCCCAAUUAUUUGAUCGGUUCGCCCUCAAACUUCAUCUCUCAAAUGAUUUCUGCACAACCGCCCGCCAGUGAGGACACCGGGGACUUUGAUGGUAAAAAGAAGAAAAAAUCGAACAGACCUUCUUCUUCCUCCACACCUUCGUCUCCGCCAAACACUACCCCCUUCCCAUACGCCUACCCAAACCAAAUGAUGUUUAUGCCACCACCACCACCAUCGGCCCCUCAACAGCAACAGCAACAACAAGAGCAACAGGAUCAACAGGAAAAUCCCUAUAUAUAUUAUCACUCUCCCGUACCUGUGCCUUCCAAUGCGCCCACCAAGGACGAAAAGAAUUUCAAGAAAAGAAACAACAAGAACCAUACCGCAAAUACUGCUAACAACAAUGGUAACACAAACAAACAAGCCAACCCUUAUUUAGAAAAUUUUGCCACCAACAAGAACUCGUCCAAAAAGAACGCAUCUUUCAAAUCCAACGAGCCAAUGGCCAAUAACCAUAAGUCUCAGUCGCAUUCGCACUCCCAAACCCCGCCACAACAGCCACAACAGCCAACUUAUCACCGCUCUCCCUUAUUAGAGCAACUAAGAAAUAGUAGUUCCGAUAAAAACUCGAACUCAAAUUUGUCAUUAAAGGACAUCUACGGCCACUCUUUAGAAUUCUGCAAAGACCAACAUGGUUCACGUUUUAUUCAGCGUGAACUGGCCACUUCACCAGCCUCUGAAAAGGAAGUAAUAUUCAACGAUAUCCGCGGUGACGCCAUUGAACUAUCAAACGAUGUAUUUGGUAACUACGUUAUACAAAAAUUCUUUGAAUUCGGUACCAAGAUUCAAAAAGACGCUUUGGUGGAACAGUUUAAGGGCCAUAUGAAACAGCUAUCUUUACAGAUGUACGCAUGCCGUGUAAUCCAAAAAGCCUUAGAAUUCAUUGAUUCUCAACAAAGAAUUCAAUUAGUUCUGGAACUCUCUGAUUCCGUUUUACAAAUGAUUAAAGACCAAAACGGUAAUCACGUUAUUCAAAAGGCCAUUGAGACGAUCCCCUUAAAGAAACUACCCUUUGUCUUAGAUUCUUUGACGGGCCACAUUUACCAUCUAUCCACCCAUUCCUAUGGGUGUAGAGUGAUCCAAAGAUUGUUGGAAUUUGGUUCAAGUGAAGAUCAGUGUAACAUCUUGAAUGAACUGAAGGAUUUCAUACCUUACCUGAUUCAAGACCAAUACGGUAACUACGUUAUUCAAUACAUUUUACAACAAAAUCAGUUCACUAAUAAAGAAAUGGUUGAUGUGAAACAGGAAAUCGUUGAAACAGUGGCAGACAAUGUUGUUGAAUACUCUAAGCAUAAAUUCGCCUCCAACGUAGUGGAGAAGUCCAUUCUUUAUGGCUCCAAAGAUCAGAAGAAAUUGAUAAUGUCCAAGAUCUUACCAAAGGAUAAAAACCAUGCCUUGAACCUGGAAGACGAUUCCCCCAUGAUUUUGAUGAUCAAGGAUCAAUUUGCCAAUUACGUUAUUCAAAAACUGGUUAACGUUUCUGAAGGUGAAGGUAAAAAAUUAAUCGUCGUUGCCAUUAGAGCCUAUUUGGAUAAGCUAAACAAAUCGAAUUCUUUGGGAAAUAGACAUUUAGCCAGUGUUGAAAAACUCGCAGCAUUGGUAGAAAACGCAGAAGUCUAA